AUGCCGAUCGAUAUCCUGCGCGUGCGCGACGACGACAUUCCGGGCCUGGUGAUGGACGGCGUGGUCGAUCUGGGCAUCAUCGGCGAAAACGUGCUGGAAGAAGAGCUGCUCAGCCGCCGCGCUCAGGGCGAAGACCCGCGCUACUUCACCCUGCGCCGCCUCGAUUUCGGCGGCUGCCGCCUGUCGCUGGCCACCCCGCUCGAUGCCGAAUAUACCGGUCCGCAAAACCUGCAGGACGCCGCAUCGCCACCUCUUCCCGCACUGCUGAAGCAAUACCUCGACAAGCAGGGCGUGCGCUUUAAAUCUUGCCUGCUGAACGGCUCGGUGGAAGUGGCGCCGCGCGCCGGCCUGGCCGACGCCAUCUGCGAUCUGGUCUCUACCGGCGCCACGCUGGAGGCAACGGCCUGCGCGAAGUGGAAGUGA